AAUAUUAUUUAAUUAUUUAAAUUCCACGGGUAGGUAGAUAUGGGUGCGAUCCCUCUUUAACUUUCCCGCACAUAAAUUUGGAAAAAUUCUUCAGUUCAGUUUCAUUCUUUUCGCGUUUUUGCCACGAAAAUGCACGUAAAAUUCCCGCUAAUUUUGCUUUUUUACCUCUCUUCAACGAUCUUUGGGGAUGACGUGAAAGUCAUCAGGAGGAGAACCUCAAAGGAUCUCCUACGGGAAGAUGUGAAAAGUGUUGUGAGUGAAAAAAUGAUUGGAAAUGAGCGAAAGGGGAGAUUCUUUGGAUUACUCAGUCUUCUUGCGGGUCUAUCGCUCACGGAUGGACUCUUCUUUGACACGGACUCAUGGACGGAUAACCCCAAGGCAGGAGCAGCAGUGAACAUCAAUACGAAGCUUCAAGCUGCACCCUAUGGGAUUGGUGGACUAGGUGAGAGGACAAUUAUUUUUUUUAUUUCUUUGAAUUUUUCUCAAAAAAAGAUGAAUUUCGUCUCCUCGAAAGGAUGGCCCUUUGGACCAAGAUACGUACCUGUUCUCAUCCCAGCUUCGUAUUUUGCCCCAUUGAAGCAUGAAGCUCUUCACCAGCAGAUUGUUAAUGUGGAUUCCCCUGUGAAAAUGGAAAGCUACCAGGAAGCACCAUCAUUGGGGCAACAUCAUGGCAAUCAAGCAGCAAUGCUAAAGAACAUUCCAACACCUGAAAGAUUCAUUCGUGAAGCUGUUGAGAUUGCAAAUAAUGCAACUGUUGUGGAUAACACCACAACAACGGCAACUGUUGUGGAAAUUCAAAUUAAUGAAACAACAAAUCAAACCAACGAGUCACAGGUAAUGCAACCAGAGGUAGAAGUUGCUCAAAAUACUUCGGAUCUUGUAGAAAACUCCCCUGAAAGUCAAACAAGUACGCAAUCAAUCGUGGAAACAAACAACGAAACAAAUAGUCAAACCAGCCAAAUGAUCAAUUUAACAACAGAGAUGAGCUUUGAGGUGGGAAUGCAACCGGAAAGUGAGGCGGCACAUUUGGAGAAUCUCAUGGUAAAUGAAGUGGAGGAGAUGACACCACCGAGUUGGAAACCAUCAGGGAAUUCUUCUUACUACCGCAAAUACCCCCAAAAUGUUAACAUUGACGACAUAAGCUUCACAACGAUCUACCCACCUUUGGGGACACCUCCACCGGAUGUUGUACCCUUCCAAGCUAGCCCAAAGGAUGAGACUACUUCCCGAAGGGUACCACAGAGCUUUCAGCCAAUCCUGCAAGUUCCCAUCUUCUGGGGGAAUCGUCUAUAAAUCGU